GGUCCCGCCCCUUCCGCUGGCUGGACGUCGGGUCCGCGUGCACGCCCGCGCGUCCCGCCUGUGUGCAGCGAGCCAGCCAGUCAGCGCCGUGGAGAUUGGGCUAGCGACGGAGGCUGAGGCCGAGUCGGAGCCCCGGAUUCCCCAGCCCGUUGGAGCAGCUGACUAGGGAGUGACUAGGGAGUGUCCUGUGCUUCCCGGCUCCUACUCUGCCUGUCUUCUCUCUCUCCUGGGAAGAUGUUCCUGGUGGGCCUAACGGGAGGCAUUGCCUCGGGCAAGAGCUCCGUCAUCCAGGUGUUCCAGCAGCUGGGCUGUGCUGUGAUCGACGUGGACGUCAUUGCACGGCAUGUUGUCCAGCCAGGGUAUCCUGCCCACCGGCGUAUAGUAGAGGCCUUUGGCACUGAAGUCUUGCUGGAGAAUGGCGACAUUGACCGCAAGGUCCUCGGAGACCUGAUCUUCAACCAGCCUGACCGUCGUCAACUGCUCAACUCCAUCACCCACCCUGAGAUCCGCAAGGAAAUGAUGAAAGAGACCUUUAAGUACUUUCUCCGAGGGUAUCGAUACGUGAUUCUGGACAUCCCCCUCCUGUUUGAGACCAAGAAGCUGCUCAAGUACAUGAAGCACACGGUGGUAGUGUACUGUGACCGCGAUACACAGCUGGCACGGCUGAUGAAGCGGAACAACCUGAGCCGGGAGGAUGCAGAGGCAAGGAUCAAUGCCCAGCUGCCCCUGAAGGACAAGGCCCGCAUGGCCAACCACGUUCUGGACAACUCGGGCGAGUGGAGCCUCACUAGACGCCAGGCCAUCCUCUUGCAUGCCAAGCUGGAACGCUCCAUGGAGUAUCUGCCACUGAGGCUCGGGUUCCUGACAGGCCUCGCAGGCAUCGCCAGCCUCCUCUAUCUGCUCACCCGUUACCUUCUCCCUUCCCCCUAGCUGGGUACAGCCAAGCAGCCUUAGGCCUCCUUCUCCUGGGAGGCCUAAGUCAGGUACCAUGUCCAUAACACUACACUCUCUGACUCUGACUCUGAGACUGGCCCCUGCGGUGGGCCGGCUCUGGAGUG